CAAACACACAUUUCCCCUCCAUUCAAAUCUGCAACAGCGUGGAUGAAGAUUAAGCCCAUUUAUUGGAGCGUAUUGUUGAGCACCUCCAUGACAUAACUGGAGCCACAGCAGUGCAGUGGAGAACUAUGAGAUUUAGCUUUAAUAUUAAUUCAUCUCUAAGUUUGAUUUAGUAUUUCGUUCAUCUGAAAUGGUUCGUUCACUUAGGAAACUAAUAUUUAGUGUCUACAUAGGGCUUUACUGCCUAACAGUCAUCGCACUCCAAAUAUGCAUUUGUUCUCAGUUCAAUAAGGACCCUGGGGCUUUCCCAGUAGCCACCAAUGGGGAACCGUUUCCUUGGCGGCAGCUAAGGCUCCCCAAAGAGGUCAUUCCUCUCCACUAUGACCUUUUUGUCCACCCAAAUCUCACCUCUCUGGACUUUGUUGCAUCUGAGAAGAUUGAGGUCUUGGUCAAAGAUGCCACCCAUUUUAUCAUCUUGCACAGCAAAGAUCUCGAAAUUACCAAUGCCAUCCUCCAGUCAGAGGAAGAUUCGAGAUACAUGAAACCAGGGAAAAAGCUAAAUGUUUUGAGUUAUCCUGCUCAUCAACAAAUUGCACUGCUGGUUCCAGAAAAACUUGUGGCUGACCUGAGAUACUUCGUGGCUAUUGACUUCCAGGCCAAGUUAGCAGAUGGCUUUGAAGGAUUUUAUAGAAGCACAUACAGAACUCUUGGUGGUGAAACAAGAAUAAUUGCAGUAACGGAUUUUGAGCCAACCCAGGCACGUAUGGCUUUCCCUUGCUUUGAUGAACCAUCAUUCAAGGCCAACUUCUCAAUCAAGAUAAGAAGAGAGAAAAGACACAUCUCACUAUCCAACAUGCCAAAGGUUAAGACAAUUGAAGUUGAAAGAGGCCUCUUGGAGGAUCACUUUGAAACGACUGUAAAAAUGAGUACGUACCUCGUAGCCUACGUCGUCUGUGACUUCAGUUCUGUGAGUGGCACAACCUCAUCGGGGGUCAAGGUGUCCAUCUACGCAUCCCCGGACAAAUGGAAUCAAACACAUUACGCCUUGCAGGCAUCACUGAAGCUACUUGAUUUUUAUGAAAACUACUUUCACAUCAACUAUCCACUCCCCAAACUGGAUCUGAUUGCUAUUCCUGAUUUUGAGUCUGGAGCCAUGGAAAAUUGGGGCCUCAUUACAUACAGAGAGACAUCACUGCUGUUUGAUCCCAGGACCUCUUCUGCUGCUGACAAGUUGUGGGUCACCAGAGUCAUAGCUCAUGAACUAGCACACCAGUGGUUUGGCAACCUGGUCACAAUGGAAUGGUGGAAUGAUAUUUGGCUUAAUGAGGGAUUUGCAAACUAUAUGGAACUACUCUCUCUAAAUGCUACAUUUCCAGAAUUACAGUUUGAUGACUAUUUUUUGGAUGUAUGUUUUCAAGUCAUUAACAGAGAUUCACUGAACUCAUCCCGCCCGAUCUCCAAACCAGCAGCAACUCCUACUCAAAUACAAGAAAUGUUUGAUGAAGUUUCCUACAACAAGGGAGCUUGUAUUUUGAAUAUGCUGAAGAAUUUUCUGAAUGACGAGAAAUUCCAGAAAGGAAUAAUUCAUUACUUAAAGGAGUUCAGCUAUAGAAAUGCCAAAAAUGAUGAUUUGUGGAACAGCCUGUCAAAUAAUUGUCUAGAAGGUGAUUUUACAUCUGGUGGAGUUUGUUAUUCUGAUUCCAAGAUGACAAGCAGCACACUCACCUUUCCGAAAGAAAGUGUGGAGGUCAAAGAGAUGAUGACUACGUGGACCCUCCAGAAAGGAAUCCCCCUUGUGGUGGUAAAACGAGACGGGGAUUCCCUCACAAUACAACAAGAGCGCUUCCUGAAGGGGGUUUUCAAAGAGGACCCCGAAUGGAAGGCCCUGCAGGAAAGGUACCUGUGGCAGAUCCCACUGACUUACUCUACAAGCUCCUCUGAUGUGAUUCACAGACACAUUCUAAAAUCAAAGACAGAUACUUUGGAUUUACCUGACAAGAACAGUUGGGUGAAAUUCAACGUGGACUCAAAUGGCUACUACAUGGUUCACUACGAGGAGCCUGGAUGGGACGAACUUAUCAAACAGUUGAAUCAGAACCACUCACUUCUCAGACCGAAGGACAGAAUAGGUCUGAUUCAUGAUGCUUUUCAGCUGGUUAGUGCAGGGAGGUUGAGCCUGGACAAAGCCCUUGACCUGACUCGCUAUCUCCCCCGUGAGACAAGCAGCCCUGCUCUUCUUAAAGGUCUGCAGUACUUAGAGCUGUUUUAUCGCAUGGUGGACAGAAGGAAUAUUUCAGAUGUCUCUGAAAACCUCAAGCAUUACAUUCUCCGGUAUUUUAAACCAGUGAUUGACACGCAAAGCUGGCACGACGAGGGCUCAGUCUGGGACAGGAUGCUUCGCUCUGCUGUCUUGAUACUGGCCUGUGACCUGCAGCACGCUCCUUGCAUCCAGAAAGCAGCUGAGCUCUUCUCGCAGUGGAUGGAAUCCAGUGGAAAGUCAAAUAUCCCAACAGACGUUCUAAAGAUCGUGUAUUCUGUGGGUGCUCAGACAACAGUAGGAUGGAAUUACCUCUUAGAGCAGUAUGAACUGUCCGUGUCAGGUGCUGAGAAGAACAAAAUUCUGUAUGCAUUGUCAACGAGCAAGCAUCCAGAAAAGUUACUGAAGUUAAUUGAGCUGGCGAUGGAAGGAAAGGUAAUCAAGACACAGAACUUGGGGGGUCUCCUUAUGGCCAUUUCCAGAAAUCCAACAGGGCAGCAAUUAGCCUGGAAUUUUGUAAGAGAAAAUUGGACCCAUCUCCUUAGAAAGUUUGACUUGGGCUCUUUUGCCGUGCGAAUGAUCAUAUCUGGCACAACAUCUCAUUUUUCUUCCAAGGAUGAGUUCCAAGAGGUGAAACUUUUCUUUGACUCUCUUAAGGCCCAAGGAUUACAUCUGGAUAUUUUUCAAACUGUUCUGGAAACUAUAGACAAAAAUAUUAAGUGGCUGGAAAAGAAUCUUCCCACUCUGAGGACUUGGCUACUGGCUAGUAUUUAAAUGGUCACAAGGAAGAGUACGUGCGAUGUUGUCUAUGUCGACACGAAAUCAGACAGAUGGAAUAAUGCCUGCAGAACUCAAGUCUGAGUUUUGGAUAUGUUGUUUAACAUAAGAAGCCUCAAGAAAUCAGCCAGAACAGCUGCCUGCUGUCAGCUAUCCUUUGCAGCUGACAGAUGCAGGGUGCUGGGCCUGGGGGGCGGUGGGGGGGAGAUCAGUAGCCUACCUAAAAGUAAACUUGCGGAGUACAGGAUCUAUGUGGAGCUGAAGAU